AUGAACUUCGGCAGGGAGGUGGCCAGAAUGACAAGUUGUUAUACAUAUGUAAUAGAAGAUGACGAUACAGCCAUGGCGUGUCUAAAUGUCUUUGAGUUGGCCGAGAAGGGUGACCAGGCUCUGCUGGAGAAUCUGGUGAGGAAGAACCCUGAGGUCCUAAGUGAGAAAGAUGAGAACGAAGCAAGUCCCGUUCAUCACGCCGCCGCGGGCGGCCAUGUCGCCCUCAUCCAAUUAAUCAGCGCUGUCAUGGGCCCGCAUGUUCUCAACAGCUGCGACGUGCACGGCAACGUGCCCCUUCACUGGGCCGUGGACAAGAACAAGGCGGAGAGCUGCACGGCUCUAAUGGACCUGGGGGCCGUGCCGAACAUCCUCAACAAGGCCCUGCUGUCCCCUCUGCACUUGGCUAUCAGCAAGGGAUACAACAAUCUGGUGGAGCUUCUGCUCUCCUACAGCACAGUAGAUUACAACCAGUCAGGAGAUCUUGGCAACACUCCUUGCAUGAUGGCCUGCUCCCUCAACAACUGUACCGCUCUCAGCUUGUUGAUAAAGCACGGAGCGCGGCUCUGCCAGCAGAACAAGCUGGGGCAUUUUGCAGUGCACGCCGCUGCCUUCGCAGGAGCAAGGAAGGCCAUAGAAGUCGUCCUGAAGGCCGGGGAGGAGCUGGGCUACUUCACUGAAAACCACAUUAACUACGUCGACAAAUCCAACAGCAGUCCUCUCCAUCUGGCCGUGAGAGGCGGAAACAUCGAGACAAUCCGUUUCUGCAUCAGCAGGGGGGCCAAAAUUGACCAGCAACAGCACGACAAGUCGACGCCGCUUCAUUUGGCGUGCACCCAGGGCGCCAUCGAGGUGGUCAAACUGAUGCUAUGCUCCCACACCCGAGUGGAGGAGAUCAUUAACCUCAAGGAUGGGGGAUGUCAGACGCCUCUACACAGGGCCACAAUAUUUGACCACGUGGAGCUGGCUGACUACCUCAUAUCUUUGGGUGCAGAUGUAGACUGUCUUGACUGUAAAGGGAACUCCCCCUUGCUGGUGGCUACAAACUGCGGCGCAUGGAAAACCGUGGUGCUGCUCCUGUCAAAAGGGGCGGAUGUCAAUCUAAAGGACAAGUUUGGUUGCAACUUCCUCCACUUAGCCAUCCUGCAACCUAAAGGGUUGAAGAACCUCCCAGAAGAAAUUCUGCAGCGUAACAAUGUGAAGGCCUUGCUGAGCUGCGAGGAUAACGAGGGCUGCACUCCGCUCCACUACGCGUGCAGGCUGGGCAUCCACGUCUCGGUGCGGAACAUGCUGGGACUCUCGGGGCAGCUGGGCCUCGCUUGCAAGUCCAAGGAUAAGAAGUCUGCCCUGCACUUCGCUGCUCAGUAUGGGCGUAUUAAUACGUGUCACAGGUUGCUGGAGACCAUGAAAGACUCCCGCUUGCUUAAUGAAGGCGACGAGCGGGGUUUGACGCCGCUUCAUUUGGCGUCCAGAGGGGGGCACACACAGGUAGUGGAUCUGCUGCUGCGCAAAGGUGCUCUUUUUCACAGUGAUUACGAGGGCUGGACCUGCCUGCACCAUGCCUCCUCCGAGGGAUACACACAAACUAUGGACAUUAUCUUAUCAGCCAAUAUGAAGCUGCUGGACAAAACAGAUGAAGACGGGAACACCGCCCUCCACAUUUCGGCGAGAAUGGGCCACGCGGCUGCGGUCAUGGUCUUGGUGAAUCGUGGUGCAGAGUUCAAAAUGAACAAACACGAAAUGUCAUUUUUACACGAGGCGGUGCAAAACGGGAAGCAUGAUGUGGUAAUUGGUGUCAUUGACAGCGAAAGGUGUGCGGAGGCUCUUAUCGCAUUUAUACCAGGUUCAUCUCAGCGAUGUCCCACUAUCGACAUGAUCGAAUAUCUGCCAGAGACCUGCAAGUACCUGUUGGACUCCUGUGUGAGAGAGUCUGGGGAAGAUCAUACCAGCCCUGACUAUCAUGUGAAAUAUGACUUCAAAUGGCUCCAAGCUCCUGUUGAAGUGCAGAAGAAACCAGUGGACAAGUCCAACAGAAUUCAACCCCUCGCUGCACUCAAUACCAUGGUGAAAUACAACCGCCUUGAGCUCCUCAAUCACCCCGUCUGCAAGAGGUACCUCUCCAUGAAGUGGGUUGCGUACGGGAGCACGGCCCAUCUGCUCAACAUGUUCUUGUACCUUCUUGGCUUGCUGCCGCUGACUCACCUCAUCGUGACUCUGAGGCCAUCCGUCAACGCUACUGAAACGGGCGAGCAUGGACUCAUCAUGGUGCCGGUAAACCUAAAGCAGCAGAAUAUAUUCCUGUCCGUCUGUAUGGUGAUGGUCUUAGUCAUGAACAUCUACGCCAUUGUGAAGGAAGUUUUGCAGAUAAUACAGCAGCGAUGGAACUAUUUCAAGGACACCAACAACCCGUUGGACUGGUCAAGCGCCAUCUUUUCACUGCUGUUCAUCAUCCCUCUCAUGUUCAACAUACAAAGUUCUUUGCAGUGGCAGGCAGGAGCCAUGGCGAUUUUUCAAUCCUGGGUUGGAUUUCUGUUGUAUCUCCAGAGAUUUGAGGGCGUUGGAAUCUAUGUCGUGAUGUUCGGUGAGAUCAUGAAGACGCUCAAUCGUGUCGUGCUUAUCUUCUUUUACCUCUUGUUGGCGUUUGCUUUGGCCUUCUAUGCUCUCAUGCUCAACCAGAGGGAGUUUGACACCCUGCCGCUGGCGAUGAUGCAAUCGUUUGUGAUGAUGGUGGGAGAGAUCAACUACCAGAACAACUUCCUGGAUGCUUACCUGAAGAAUGAACUUCCCUUUGAGAUGUUGACUUCGGUCAUGUUCACCUCCUUUGUUAUGCUCAUGCCCAUCUUGCUUGUCAAUCUGAUGAUUGGUUUAGCAGUUGGAGACAUUGCCGAAGUGCAGAAAAAUGCAGCCAUGAAAAGAAUAGCCAUGCAGAUUGACCUCCACACGGCUCUGGAAGACAAGCUGCCUUACUGGUUUGUCAAACGAGCAGACAAAAGUUUCAUCCUCAUCUAUCCUAACCGCAAGUGCUCCAGGUACACUAUAUGGCAAAUAUUAUCAGGCACCGAGGACAACGAAGUGUGGAAGCACACGCAUGCCGCUUCACGAAGUUGCCCCACCAUUGAGAAUGAGCUAAAAAAGCAGAAGUGCCGGAUGAAGGAGAUGUCCAACAUCCUGGAAAAGCAGCACGACCUGCUGAAGCUCAUCGUCCAGAAGAUGGACAUCACGUCCGAGGCGGACGAGUACGACGGCCCGGUGAACAAGCGGGGCAGCAUGUGGCCCAGAGUGUGUCCGCCCAAACGCUCCAGCAGUGGCGUGUCUCGCUGGGUUCCGCUCAUGAAGGCCAUCGGGUCCAAGCCCAAAUGAAGGCAGGCACUACGACGCCCUCCCUUGUAUCCCCCUAUUUGACUUCAAAUGGAAUAAUGCUGGGUGCUUUUUAUGUAGACCAGAGAUGCGUGGCUGUAGACGACCACAAUGUAUCCAUCAGUAGAGUUAUCAAAGUGUCUUUUUCAAACUACUCAUUUUAUUUCAAGUAUCAAAAGUCAAAAGUUUGGAGACACUUUCUCAUUCACUAGCAGAGCAAUUAGGUCUAAACUUUUAUCUGGCAUAUGUUCUAUUAUUAUGAAUCAUUAUUCUUUGUUAAUCACAAACUUCUUUCAGUAAUGUGGCCUACCUUGGCCUUGAAAUACAUUAUAAUUUUACAUAUUUAAAAUGAUAGAAAUUAUAAAUGCUUUAUAUUGAUGCCAUUAAUGCCUUACCCCAAUAGACCCCUAACCCUCUCUGCCGUUGAGCAAAUAACCUUAUUGAACUUAUUUAAGUAAUGUACGUCACAAAAGUGCACAAUGAUGAAAAAAACAGUUCAAGGAAGAGAUGUUUUAAUAGUUAUUUUAAUAAAGGCAUCUGUGCAAAUAAAAGCCAGACCCCUUGCAAACACCAAGUUGCCUGGUCCCCUCUGCAGUCGAGUAAAUAAAUAUUCAAUUUCACACUAUUUUAUAUUACUUUGAAAAAUAAAUCCACAUAUCCGAAUAAACCCCCGUAAACACCUUACUCCUAAUAAAACCCAGAAUAGGUAUUAUUAAAAUUGUAUAAAGUUAGUUUUAAUAUGUUUCCUCUCUAAGCCUUAAUAAAUGUCUGGUUCUUUCUGCAGUUGAGUUUAACUUCACAUACAGCAUAUUUGACUACAUAUUGUUAUCUAAUAUUAUUUAUAUAAUCUUAGUUUUUUGUGCGCGCAUUUUUCGUCUCUAAUGCCUUAUAUUGUUGUUUUAAUUUUAUAAUUUUAGUUUUUGUAUUUUCUCUUCCAAAUGCCUUACUUAAUAUACACUUAGCCCUCUCUGCAGUUGAGUUUAACUCGACACGUUAUUGAAUAAACAUUUUAUAAUUAUAGUUUUGGAUUUUUUCAGUUUUUCUCUCUAACACCCUAUAUUGUUAUUUAAUAUUAAUUUUAUAAUAUUAGUUUUU